AUGGAGGGCAGCAGCACGUGGGGCCCCAACGAGGAGCAAGAUGGAGGAGCCAGGGGGGGGCCCAAGUGGGCCCACAGGCGCAGCGAGGGCAAUGAGAGGGCCUGUCCACAGGUGUCCACAUGUGGACAAUGUGGACACAUGUGUGAUGCUGUCUGCCAGGCCUGUCCACAUGAGUCCACAUGUGUGCUGUGUUCUGCCCAGGCCUGUCCACAUGUGUCCACCUGUGGACACAUGUGGAACACUGUCCAGAGCCCCACUGAGUCAAGGCCGCCACGCGGUCAGGCGCCAGGGGGUCAGAGCAGCAGGAGGUGGGGGUCAGAGCAGCAGGAGGUGGGGGUCAGAGCAGCAGGAGGUGGGGGUCAGAGCAGCAGGAGGUGGGGUCAGAGCAGCAGGAGGCGGGGGUCAGAGCAGCGCGGAGGUGGGGGUCAGAGCAGCAGGAGGCGGGGGUCAGAGCAGCGCGGAGGUGGGGGUCAGAGCAGCAGGAGGCGGGGGUCAGAGCAGCAGGAGGCGGGGGUCAGAGCAGCAGGAGGUGGGGGUCAGAGCAGCAGGAGGUGGGGGUCAGAGCAGCAGGAGGUGGGGGUCAGAGCAGCAGGAGGCGGGGGUCAGAGCAGCAGGAGGUGGGGGUCAGAGCAGCAGGAGGUGGGGGUCAGAGCAGCAGGAGGUGGGGGUCAGAGCAGCAGGAGGUGGGGGUCAGAGCAGCAGGAGGUGGGGGUCAGAGCAGCGCGGAGGCGGGGGUCAGAGCAGCAGGAGGUGGGGGUCAGAGCAGCGCGGAGGCGGGGGUCAGAGCAGCAGGAGGUGGGGGUCAGAGCAGCAGGAGGCGGGGGUCAGAGCAGCAGGAGGUGGGGGUCAGAGCAGCAGGAGGUGGGGUCAGAGCAGCAGGAGGUGGGGUCAGAGCAGCAGGAGGUGGGGUCAGAGCAGCAGGAGGCGGGGGUCAGAGCAGCGCGGAGGUGGGGGUCAGAGCAGCAGGAGGCGGGGGUCAGAGCAGCGCGGAGGUGGGGGUCAGAGCAGCAGGAGGCGGGGUCAGAGCAGCAGGAGGUGGGGGUCAGAGCAGCAGGAGGUGGGGGUCAGAGCAGCAGGAGGUGGGGGUCAGAGCAGCAGGAGGUGGGGGUCAGAGCAGCAGGAGGCGGGGGUCAGAGCAGCAGGAGGUGGGGGUCAGAGCAGCAGGAGGUGGGGGUCAGAGCAGCAGGAGGUGGGGGUCAGAGCAGAAGGAGGUGGGGGUCAGAGCAGCAGGAGGUGGGGGUCAGAGCAGCAGGAGGUGGGGGUCAGAGCAGCAGGAGGUGGGGGUCAGAGCAGAGGGAGGUGGGGGUCAGAGCAGCAGGAGGUGGGGGUCAGAGCAGCAGGAGGUGGGGGUCAGAGCAGCAGGAGGUGGGGUCAGAGCAGCGCGGAGGCGGGGGUCAGAGCAGCAGGAGGUGGGGGUCAGAGCAGCAGGAGGUGGGGGUCAGAGCAGCAGGAGGUGGGGGUCAGAGCAGAGGAGGUGGGGGUCAGAGCAGCAGGAGGUGGGGGUCAGAGCAGCAGGAGGUGGGGGUGCCUUUGCUGCCACUCGUGCCAGUCGCCAGCAUGUUCAUAAACGUAUACCUUAUGAUGCAGCUGGACAGAGGGACAUGGAUCCGCUUUGCUAUUUGGAUGGUCAUAGGUUUUGUCAUCUACUUUGCGUACGGCCUUCGGAACAGCACCGAAGCAGCGCUGUCAAAGUGCGACACAUACGGCCUGUCCAGCGCCAUCACAGGAGCGCCCAUGUCCACAGAGAAGGCCUUUCUGCACGAGGCGCCCAUCGGCACUGUGGACGAGGAAGACGACUCCUAA